UCUCUUUCCGGUGGCGGAGUCUGAAGGCGACGCGCAGGUAGGCUCCCUGGGCCGGGACAAUCGAGCGGCAUCCUGCGGCCUGGGGGCCCAGCGAGGUUCGGGGCGGGGGGCUGAGGUUUUGCCGCGGAAGCCAAGCCAGAAAUGGCACCGCGCAAGGGGAAGGAGAAGAAGGAGGAGCAGGUCAUCAGCCUCGGCCCGCAGGUGGCUGAAGGGGAAAAUGUGUUUGGCGUGUGUCACAUCUUCGCGUCUUUCAAUGACACUUUCGUCCACGUCACCGAUCUCUCGGGCAAGGAGACCAUCUGUCGCGUGACAGGCGGGAUGAAGGUGAAGGCCGACCGGGAUGAGUCCUCUCCCUACGCUGCCAUGCUGGCUGCCCAGGACGUGGCCCAGCGCUGCAAGGAGCUGGGCAUCACUGCCCUCCACAUCAAGCUCCGGGCCACGGGCGGGAACCGGACCAAGACCCCUGGGCCAGGCGCCCAGUCAGCCCUCAGAGCCCUCGCCCGCUCGGGAAUGAAGAUUGGGCGGAUUGAGGACGUCACCCCCAUCCCCUCCGACAGCACCCGCAGGAAAGGGGGUCGCCGUGGUCGCCGCCUCUGAACAGGACCCCUCGUGUUCCUUUCCGUAAUAAACUGCCUUCGCUGAGCGGA